AUGUACGCAGCUCGACUUCACAAAUUGAGGAACCGAAUUUCCAGCAAGGUUAUUCCCCGUCGGGUUGGUGAUCAAGAGUACAGGUCCAUCAAAACAUCUCAACGUUCCAACGUUCAGUGGUGGACAAUCGCGAACCUUGACAUGAGGCAGCGGAUAGACAAUCGAGGAUCCAACGAGAUGCUGGACCUUUUUUUCUCCAAGCCCAUAUACACCGCUCUACGUCUCCUCGCGGUCCCAACAAAACCGUAUGACACGCGCUCCGCCCAUCAACCUAUGUUGACGGAUAGAUCGGGGAAGGAUCCCGACCCUGUUCAGAAUUUAUAUCCAGGGAGCUGGGCUGGCAGCAGGAUCAUAUGCCUUGGAGACGAUUCUGAGGAAAUUCCGAAUGCGUUCACAGCAAAAGAGGUGGACGAAAUCUGGAAGUACAGACCGAAAAGCAUCUACCCCUUUUGUGGAGACCCGAGCUUGUUCAUAUGGGGCCAAUACGCCGUUGCUGAUAGUUCUCGAUAUGGGUUUUGGGCCGACCCAGAGUUCUACCCCACGCAUUCGGAGGUGUGGGUUUUGCGGAACCUCACCAGCCUCGAGUACGUCCGUUCAGACGCAAUACCUACUUCGGACAACUGGGAUAGACAACUUCGUUACGACCUACAGACCGGCCUUCAGGGAGCUCCGGGGCUGGCUCAAGUGCUCCUCAUGCGAAUUGUGUGGUCCACUUCCGAGAACAUCGGCUACCUCGCUUUUCCAAGAUUGCACCAGGGUUCGUGGGCGGGUGAUAGGUUGGACGUUCAAUCGCUCAAGAACGUUGAUAGGGAGAUGAAGGAAGGAGGGUGGAAGGACGUUAGCGCUGAUGCUGCGCGAGACCUAUCGGAUCUUUGGAAGUAUUAUUGGGAAGAGGUGGAUGUGGGGAAAUUGUGA